AUGUUUGGCGCUCCCAUCAUCAAGCUCGAACCCAGUGGUACAUUUUUUAAUAAGCCUUUGACGUUGACAAGCAAGUUAAACAUGAAUUUUAAUCGGGAUGACGUUCUCAUCUUGCACGGCUCAAAGACUAGUGGCGAAAAGAUCACCUGGCAAGACAUCACUCUCAAGUCGAAGAUCAACGAAGCGAAUACUGAAGCAGCUAUUGUCAUUGAGCACUUUUCAAUCGUUGCAAUUCUGUACAGAUUGAGCAGAUCAACUCUGCUUCGCACCAAAGACAUUGUAUCAAGGCUCAACCUUCUAUCAUUUAACUACACUUUGUCAGUUUUGGUCAAGAAGGGCAAUCCCUCUUCAGUGUAUGACGAACUUGCCUUAUUGUUUGUCAGCCAAGACAUCUACCAAGAGCAAUUCUACAGAGAAGACGAGACGUCUUCUGCUUUGAUGAAAUUAAAGAAAGAAGGGUUCAUAGAGCUGCAUGUACGCUCUGGUCAGGAAGAACAAAAGAGCAUAUACAAUAAUGAAACACUUCAAAUUUAUGUUCGAGUUGGAGAAGACUACAAAAUAGCCGACAGUCAGCAAGAAAGUACAAGUUUCAUCGUCCAUUCUUAUGAUUGGUGGCAUGAAGGAAAGGUUUUGAGAAUUCCUCUUGAAUGGAAUAAAGAUGUCAGAAUUCUGUGUGGGAAGGUCAGUGUACGAGGAGAGUAUGGACAUGCAAAUGAGAGUCAUUUCAGCGAAAGAGGUAAAUUGGAUAGUCUCAGCUAAUGAACAUGAUAAUUUACUUUAAGGGUUUAGAUACCAAUUGAUUGAGUGAUCCAAACCUGCUGAUGCUUUUUUUUUUAUAGAGGGCGCAUCUGUACACAGGCUAAUAAUUUCAUAGUAUUUCCACCUCGCUGUUUGUUUUGUGGUGGUGGACGUGGUGGGAAAAAACGGAAAUGUGGUUGUGGUGAUGGUAGAGGAAAAAACGAAAGAAAUGUGGUGGUGGUGGACGAAAAAUAAUAGAAAUGUGGUGGGAAAACAAGAAAAAUGUGGUGUUGAUGGAGUGAAAACAACGGAUAUGUGGUGGUGCGUUUGGUGGGUUAAAACAAUUGACCACUCCAGUGGUGGUGAAAGACGGGUGAAAUCACUGAAUUAUAGGGGAGAAAAAAGGGGUUGCGGUAAGUAAAAAGAUUGUUUGGUGCUAGAAAGAGCUAGUUUGCCUUCGCACUCAUUGUUAUACACGAUUUGCGUGCCACGAAUCAGUGAACUGGAACUUAAACAAUUUGUUGGACAAUAAAAGAGGCAGGAAAUAGACCUUACAUAAAUACGUUACGACUCAGUGAUUUAAAGUCAUAGGCGACUUAGCGCUUAUUCCUUCGACAAGACGUAUCAUACAAUGAGUACUUUUCUUGGGUUUUUCGUCAACCAAUCAAAAAGCAAGAAAUUAACCAAAAAAAAAAAUAACUUGUAAAGAGGAGCGCUUACCAUUUGUACGAAAUUUCGGUGAAAAUUUCUGUCAAAUGGUACUGGUAUUUUUUUGGGCACCGGAAACAGGAACGGGAUUGAGUUGUACCAUUUACAAAAUACCGGUAAAUUUUUCGCUCUCUCUCGUCAUGAAGCCUGGCACUAGUAAUCCAGAAAAAUGGUACAGAAAAUUUCGGUCGUUUCGGUAAAAACGGGAAAAAAGUAAGCCCUCGAAAGGUAUUACCUUUGUUUUGGAAAAUUUCCUCCGGGAUGAACCGUUCCAUUUGAAUUCUCCCCGGAAUUUCCGUGUUUUCCAUACAAUUGGUAAGUGCUCCCUGUCUAGUGGGUUAAACCACCUACCAAUAGCGCGUCACCUUAUCCAAAUGAGGUUUCCCCGCAAUUUAUUCAUGAGGUAAAAAUAAAAGGCUAUGGCCGUAUCGACAUUGAUAUAUGGUAGCAAACAUUUUCCCAUGUUCACUCUUCUACCCGUCGGAGAGAACCCCGGGAACGAGGGUGAUAUGGUAGCGCAAGUUAACGAGAUUCCACGUCAACAAAGAGGCCUAAAACAUUCCUAUUGUACUACUGUGUUUAGUUAAAAAGAGCACCUAUUUGAUUCGAAACUCGAAAUGGGGUCCAACCAAACUGUAAAUUGAAAUCAAAGUUAAGAAAUAAUUUAGACCAUACCUUUGCUAGGUUGUUUGAACUAACAAACUAGUUGAAAUUCUACCUUAUCUAUACGUAUACUUUUUCAUCGUAACAAGAUAAGUCAUAUCAAGAGCAAGUAUCUCCGCAAUUAGGAGAAUUUAAUUCACCUUACCGUAGGAAAUGCCCUUCAACGUGGUCUGUGUAACCUUAUUGUCCAAAAUGUGUCUUGCUAUGACAGUAAAAAGAGGUCUAUGUUAGCAACUAUUGAGUGAAAAUUUGAAGCGCAUUUCUAAUCUCAUAACCAUGUAUUUUCUCAACAGAACUGUGUGGUUAUGUAAAGAGCCUGUUAGAUGUAGAGGGUGCCAUUUUUAACGUUGUUCCAAUUGCAAAGUUGCUUGGGAUGCCUGAAGAAUGCAUAAAUCGCCUGACAAAAUCUCAGAAGGACGAGAACGAACAACUGGAAAUCAUUUUGCAGCAUUGGUCGCAAACGAAUAACGUGGUGAAAGAUCUUGCCGCUCUCAGAAAAGACCUAGAGAGGUUAAAACAAGAAGGUUAGUUGUCCCAGGGUUCCCUUUUGUUUGUUUGUUUUCGUUUGACAAAGGUGCGAAAGCUACGGAUAUCCGGCCGAUUUUAGAAGAAAUAUACCUGAGUUGUUGAGGGGUAACCAGAAAUUAGGUGGUAAAGCAGUGUUUGGAAACGCUAUUUGAAGAAAUUUUUGCGAAAAAUUAGUGAAAACGUAACGACAUUUCGCUAAAAACUAACAACGAAUAACAGACCGAAUAGUGCAAGGCAGCACAAGAAUACUGAGGUCAUAUUCACAGAAAUACUGUUACGUGUCAAUAAAAGUAGUCAAAAGUUUAAACAGCCAGUUUAUUUUGGUUAAAUAGAGUUUCCCUUGUUAUUCAUUAAACUUUGGCAAAUUGAGGUUAUUGAAGUAAAUGUUGGGAGUAUAUCCAGGCUAAGGCCCUGUUUACAAGGAGGGAGGGUAACCCUGGUGCUAGGGUUACCCUAGCAAGAUGGUUUUCCUAGCACUCUGACAUUUCUUCUUUUUUUACACGACGUGUUUACAAGGCAGGUAGGGUUACCCUAGCGCUAGCGUAACCCUACCUGAGUGCUAGGGUUCCCUUGCAAGAGGGUUACCCUACUUGCCUUGUGAACGCUCUGCUAGGGAUAACUCGCCUACCCGGGACAACUUUCCUCCGUCAUGUGUGAUCAGUAAUCGUGACAAUUUGAACGGAAUUUUUCAAUUUCUGAGCUAAAUUGUAAACAUCUGAACAAUAUAAGGUAUUUUCUGUAUACGAUGAUGAUAUUUUCCUGUUUUUUCGUGACUUUAACGUGUCUUCCAUUGAGAACUUCAAGUUUUAUUGAAAUUCUUGGAUGUUACAAAGCAUGUCACGCACGACGAAACACGUCAGUAAAGCUGGUAAAGUUGACCUGGGUGUUGCUUGUAAACCAGAGCUAACUUAAACCCGCUUGCUAGGGUAACCAUAGCACAAGGAUAACCCUCUCUCCUUGUAAACAGGCCUUAAGUGACAGCUCUAGCUUUGAGUUCAUUGCCUUCUGGGCCGUUUUUAUACUAGAGCACGCAUUAUCCGUCUUGACCGGUAACGCGUCUAUGGCCGUUUUUAUACUAAGGACGCAUUAUCCAUCUGGACGAACUUGGGCAAACAUUUUUGGUUCGUCUGGUUAUGCGUAUGAAGUAUAAAGACGGCACAAGACGCGUUAUGCGCCUGGACGAACUUUCCUUCGAAAUACGCCUUGAGCGACGCAUCACGAAAGGUAGUUCGUCUGGACGCAUAAUGCGUCUUGUUCCCGUCUUUAUACUACAGACGCAUAACCAGACGAACUACAAAAUGUUUGCCCUAUUUUGUCCAGACGGAUAAUGCGUCCGUAGUAUAAAAACGGCCAUUCUCCACUGAAUAUUUUUCGUUGUUGUCAUUAGCUUACAGAGUAACACAAAGAGGACAGAUGCAUAUCAGGCAGUUAAGGAAAGUUGCAACCAAGAUCUUGGGCUUACAAUACAUGCAUGAUGAUUCACAGAACUAUUUCAGUCGCAAAAUUCAAAAUCUUUGCAAAUCCGUGUUCAGGGACUGUUGCAUUGAAUUGGAAGUAUCUGCAGAUAACGUGGAAAGAGCAGCCUCGUCGACAAAUCACGCACAAUAUCUCAUCCAAUCCAUCGAUAAUCACUGUCCACUUCCUCAAGAAAUGAAGAAACGGUACCAAGAGGUUUGUUCGUUGUCUGAAGAAUCUACCAUCAAAACCUUCCUAAUUAUUGUCCCUUACCUUAUUCAGAACAUAAAAGAUAUCUUUGUUGACCAGAGCAUGUCAGAAGUUCCUCAAAACGGUCUGAGAGGACUGACUAAGGAAACACUAGAUACGUUUGUGUCCAGUGUACGGACGGCGGAAGGAAACAACGGAGUUUUUGAGCUUUUGCGUGAUUCUUGCAACAUUCUCCAACGACUAUGCAUGGAAAACUACGACAAGGAGCCAAACACAGAAAUUGAAAAGUGGGGCGAAAGUUUGGCAAUGUUAUCCAUGCUUAACUAUCUAAAGCCGUUUUUCCAACACUCUGGUCAGGACAUUAGAUUGUAUAAGAGACUAGAGCUGUUUUCCUGCUGCCUAAGAGAAAUCAUUGCUGAUCGUGAUUACGUUGAUGACGUUUUGGUGCACUCCUCGUGUAAUGUUUUAAUGAGUCUAAUUCAUUUUGCAAAAUUUGACCCGUCAAAAGUGGUGAGAUUUGAGCUAAGUGUCUUCCCUACUUGUGUUCCUUGUACCUGUCUCCGUGAGACCAUAAAGCACGACAAACUGGAAAACACAUACUCUCAGGUGUUUCGUAUCAAGAACGAAGGAGACGAGCUUCGGCUCCAUGCAGCAGCAAGUGUAUACAUCGACGGAGAAAUUGUGAAGAAAGGAAAAGGGACAUUCCAGGCAACGAUCACCCUAAUGCCUUCCUGCGAGCAAGUUAUCAACAGACACAUCAACCGUUUCCAUGAUCUUACAGUAGCGAAGCUGAAAGAUAUAGGCUCAGGAAAUCUUCGUGUUGUCUUCUGCAGCACACAAAAAGAGAAGCUCUCACCGGUACUAGACGUACUGCGAAAGGAAUUAAGAGAAAACUUGUUUAGCUGGGAAGUCACGCAGUGUCCUCUGUCGAUGCGAAGUAACGUAACUUCUAAGGAAGCUGCAGUGUUAAGUCUACGUCUUGUGUACAAAUGGGGGUCUGAAGCAGUUGUUCAUGACAGCAAAGAUUUUCUGGCGUAUGACAGAUCAUCGCACGUACAAUGUGUUGGUAAGUUUAAUAUUUGUCAUUUUUUGUUGAGCCCCGAUCUCAGGGUAGGACUGACAGUUUCUGGAGCUCCGCUUUUAGGCUAUUAUUUUGCAAUUUGGUAUAAUAAGUCUGCCCUCAAAACUCCGACGUUCUUGGAGAUUUUAAGAACUCGUUUAAGUACUUGGUACCACCUGAAGCAAGUUAGAGCACGGCGAGUCAUAAUUAUUGGCGGCAUUUUGAAAUUUUUCUUGUAAAUUGGGACUUGUCUUAUUUUUUCUUUGUUGAAACGAAGAUGUGAUUGCAACAGCUAAAUUCUGCGACCUACGUCGACCUCACGUAUUCUACCAGGCCGCAAGAUACAAAAGCCGUGCAUUAAAUGGAAUUUCGAAUAUAACUUUCCUAGGUUUGAGCCAAGAGCAUUUGUCAGAGAGCAGUUCUGCACUAGAAAGCAGUAUUAACGCUCCACCAUCUGACAUGGAAAUCUUUGUUAAGCUGAUGGAUGGAAGAAUGAUGACAAUAAUAGUGAACCCAAGCGAUUACAUCAGGACUGUGAAGGCGGUUAUCCACCAGUUAUGCCUGUGCCCACCAGACUCACAACGUCUUGUAUUUGCGGGCAAGAGACUGGAAGACGAUCACAGUCUGAGUGACUACAAUAUCCAGAGUGGAUCAACUCUGCACUUGGUCCAAAGACUUCGUGCUUGUUAGCGCCUAGUGAGUAGUGGUAGUGCCUUCUUUCCAGAGUCCCUUGAUCUAGUGGUCGUGGAUGAAAUAUUGCGCCGUCCCCCACAAUCUGAACGCAUGGACCUGGCUAUCGAUGCCAGAUAGAAAAUAGCUACUGGUAGUCAAACAAUAGUACCAAGCUACUUGGACUUACGAUAAGCAACAACAGUUACAUAGAAAGCUAUAUGAACACUCGCAUAACUGAAGUCAGUAUGAAAGCUAGUAAGAAACUAUACUUUGUAGAACAUUGAGAGAGGCCGGACUGCUAUGCAUGCACCCAAAAGUUUAAGACGGAAUCCAACAGGAAAUUGAGUACAUGUAAUUUAAAUUUUCAGUGGACAAAAUACUUUUACCAGAAUAAUUCAAACAAUAUCGCAUUCUUUUAUACAUUUUUCAAGGGCCAUAGAUAUAAUUAGUUUGACAUUUGACAUUUAUUUUCUCGGGAUCUCUCAUUUUAUACAUCAUUGUCUCCCUUUUGUCUCGUCACGCAACGCUAGAGACAAAAACGGUUGCGAGGGAGACAACAAUUUUAAUCCUAGAACCUUGAAGACCAUGUGAUAUCCUAAACUGAGAUACCAUAUAUUAUUUACUACCGUUCCAACCCCUUGAUCUUUCUACAUGGGGCCGCACUUCACGUCCAAUAUGAGACCUCUAGUAUAAAGUGCGUAUCACUGUAGAGUGAGAUUAAAUCACCUCGGGAGGUGAUAUUAAUUUAGUGACGCAGAUAAACGAGACCGUGAUUGCCAUUCGUCGAUUCUACGGACUAAAGUUUUGCUGGCUAUAUGCAAGCUCUGCCGUGAGAUUUUCAAGUCCAAAUAUUCAACUCAUCUUUGCGUGUAGAUACGGAACCCGAACUUUUAUGGUGGUGCAACCUUAAAAACAUGACAUUUCAGGGGGAAAGAGUUUAGACGCCUAGCACCAUCCAGUCUUCGAAACGGAUUCUUAGUUUCCUCGAGGUCGAGAAAUUCAGUUCACACAUUGGGUCGCUGGAUCGCGCCUUGAGUUUGCGGUGAAGCCACGGAAAAAAAAGAACUUAACUUCCUAACUUCCUAACUUCCUUCCCAUCAUCACUACGUGAAUCUGCUCUCAAAUCGUUUCUGACUGUUUUGACACAGAGAGUGUGGUAACAACCCGUCCAUUUUAAAUUUGAUGUAAUCAUGUUUCGCUAGAUUAGCUGAAUAUAGGAGGACCUAAUAGUUGUAAAUGGCAAAGGCUGUCAGGAUAAGCAUGAGAAACACUUUCGGAAGCGGUCUUUUCCAUGUUAGACACGGUUUUCGUGUUAGGAAAGGAAUUAACAAACAAAAGUCCUGCGCAAAUAUGAUUGGCUGACAAGUUUAUAUUUGAUUCCUGAGUUGUCACUGUUUUCAGUUUAUUUGUCGUAAAAGAAUGAGAAAAAAAUGAGCCUUCAGUGGGCUUGGUGCCAGAGAGUAUUCUAAAUAUAACUUGAGUUUUCCUUGAUAUGCUUAUAACUGUUUUCAGCUUUAUCUAAAUUCGUUUUACAAUUUCGGAUACAUAAUUACAAAAUAAUUACAUGACACUGAUGUUUUUCAGAAUCACUGGCUUGUUUAUUUUCCAUUUAUUUAUCGAUUUCUUAUAGUUUUUUUUAGGGUAUUAGAAAGAAAUUUUGCAGAACACUCCAUUCUAAUAUCUUUAAGUGACCCUUAAAAAGAUGGUGCAUGUUCGCACAACCUGAGAC